CGCGGCUAGCGCUAGCCAUUAUAGCGAGUAGCUGGCUGGAUGGCUGAGAGUGGUGUUUGGUGCUCGGGUGUACUACUACUAGCAGAAUGUCGACUCGGUGGACUUGGACCGCUGAAAAUGUUUCAGUACAAAGCUGCUCAGAAUCCCAGGCCACUGCCAUGGCACUGGAUUCUACUGGAGAUUAUGUACUCUUAGCAGGGCGGAGGGGGAUAGACGUGCUGCAUCUUACAGACAUGCCCCAUUGUAAACCUCAACGUGUAAAGCACAAGACAACCAUGAAAUGGGAUAUUAGUGUUGCAGAGUGGAAUCCUCAUGCAGAGCAGAAAAAUCAGCUUGUUACUGCUUCCAACCAAACAGCUGAUGUUUUCACUCUGAGUGAAUCUGAGUAUGUUCAAGCCAUGUCACUUAAGGCACACACAAGGACAAUCAGGUAAGAACUAACACUUUCACAGAAUUUCAUUGAGUGUACAG